AUGCGUCGAUCAAGCGUCACGCACGUCUACUGCGCACUGCCACCACCGGUUCUGGCGCGCCUCGCGGACCGGCACCACUGGGUGCACCCGCGCUGCCACGCUUGCAAGGCGUCACUGCUGCUCUUUUGGAAGAAGCGCAACUGCUACAUGUGUGGUGAAGUGGUCUGUGUCUCGUGUCGCCAGCACCUCGUUAUCGAGCAGCAUUCCAACAACAGCUGCACCCUGCACGUGCGCGUCUGCACCGAUUGUCACCACACCUACUUCAACGCGCCAGAGCGAGCAGACAAUCGUGCAUCGCCGCCAGAGACAGUGCCCGUCAAGCCCCGGGAGACAGCCUCGAUUGAGCUGCCUGACCUGUCGACGCGGCGCCUGUACCAGCCGCGUACAAACGCACGACCACCCCAGCGCCCAACGCGCAAGUCCGCCUUCGAGUCGCCGCGGCGACAGUCUACUACGCCCAAGAAGCGGGCGUGGCCGUACCAUUGGUGCCCGCCACCGAUGGUGGUCCACGAAGGCCAGCGGGUGCGCGUGCUCCACGAUCUGCGCCUUCUCGACACACCGCCAUCCGAGAUCUACGACGUGCUCUGCGCCCUCGCCGCAAAGGCGUAUGCGUGCCCGAUUGCCGGCGUCACCUUUCUCGAUGCCAAGCGGCAGUGGUUCAAAGCGCGCGUCGGUCUCAAGCAGUCGGAGAUCUCGCGUGACGUGGCACUCUGCGCCCACGCCAUUGCGUCGACGGCGCCGCUCGUGGUCCUCGACGCGACGCUCGACGACCGCUUUCGUCAGAACCCGCUUGUGACGGGCCCCGCGAGCUUUCGGUUCUUGGCCAGUGCGCCGGUUUGCGUUACCGGGCACGUUGUCGGCACCGUCAUGGUCGCCGACACGCACGUGCGGCCUUUUUGCGACGCGACCGACCUCGUGCAGCUCGCUCAAGCGCUCGAGCGCAUCCUGCAAGAGCACGCCGACGCAAUGCGGCGUCCAGCAGCGCCCACUAAUGGUCUUUGCGCAAGCGGAAUAUAA